AUUUAGUUUGAAGACGGAGAUGGGCAUGUUGGAGGAACAGAUUGACAAAAGUAAUCAGGCUAAAGAUGCAGUGAAGGAGUUAAACACAGCGUACAGGAAACAGAUUGAGUUGGUCAGGGAGGAGAAUAAUCUUAAACUACAGGAGGAGGCAGCCCGGAGGUCUGAAUGUAUAACCUCUUACCAAACUACUAUGAACGACCUCUCAACUCUCCUUGAAACGCAUACUGGGCAGAAUUCCAGGCUACGUGAUGAAAAUGUUGGAAUGGCCGAAAAAUUGAAAAUUCUCUGUGAAGAGGGGGAAAAGAGAGAGAAAACGAUAACCCAUCGGCUGACAGAAUAUCAACUUCAAAUGAAACUUCUAGAACAUCAGGUUGCCAAAGCCCAGAUCGAGAAAGCUGAGAUAAAGGCAGAUAUGACAAAGGAAAGGCUUGAAAUAGCACAGGAACUAGGGCUGGAACGAGAAAGGAAUUCUAAUCUUGAAGAAACGUGUCGUCUUCUUAAAGAACAAGCAAAUAUUUACCAGACUCAGUUAGAUGAACUUCAAACUGGUGCAGGGACAAGUACCAAAUCCUUCCAACAUUUUAAGACCCAGAUAGAUAAACUCACGAAGCAAAUGUGUGAACUGGACAGAGAUACUCAUCAAUGGAGGGAGAGAUACGAGGGAAGCAGCCAGCAAGUGAAGAAGAUGAAUGCUCAAAGCUUAGAGAGGGAAAAAGAGGUUGGACAGUUGAAGAAGAAACUGGAGAGUAUGAUAAAAUUAAAUAAAACCCUAACAGCAGAACGGAAUAACUUGAAUACUAAGAUACAUGAGAUGGAAACUGUGAAGAAAGAAUAAAAAAUGGAAUCUGUAAAUUUUUUCCCAAGUCAUUCAUAUUUUUGGAAUAAUAACUUUUUGUAGCUUUGUUCUAAUUGAAAAUUCUAAAUUCAGAAAUAAUAAAUUAUUAAAAUUAAAAA